UCUAUGCUUUGGGUCUCUCCCUUUCUCCCCUCCCCAUUUUGAGGUGUUCUCUUGCUAUUUCUUCGAAGGAGGCUCUAUUGGCCCGAAGGAAGAGGAGGAGGAGAAGAAGAAGACGGCCGUAUCGGAAAUGCCGGGCCGCAAAGGACCCGCCGCGGGCGCCAACCUUCUUGUCUGCCCUCCGUUUGGGGAGCUGGGUUUCCUUCCCCGGCCGCCCCCUUAAAACCCCGACGGAGGGGAGCAGGCUGCGGAGAGAUGUGCGACCGGAGCAGCCUUUGCCGGCCGGGCUACAUGGACUCCCUCCUGAACUUGCCCUCGGCUCCCUCCGCAGCCCCUCCUGAGGCCUUUUAUUUCCCCAGCUUGAGGGCGAAUAGAAGCCAUCCGCAGCUGGCCGGCUUGCCCUACCCGAGAAGCCCCCUGGCAUGGACCUGUGCCAGCUCCUCCUGCCCAAACCAGCCCAGCGGGACAGGACAGGCCCUGAGCAGCCCCUCGCCCCAGCCUCCGCCGCCUUACCUUCCCCUCAGCGGCAAGGGCGCCCUAGGCGGAACCCACAAGUACUACGCCCCCCACCACGAGGCCUCCGCCCUGGACGAGGAAGAGGAGGAGAAGGAGGAGGAGGAAGAGCGGGGCCGGCAGAGCCACCGGGAGGUCUGGGUCCGGGGAGAGCAAGGGAACUUGGGGGCCAGGAGGGUGCUGCUAGCCCCGUCCAAAGCGCCCAAGGAGGAGGCCAGGAGGACUUGGCCAGCCGCCGCUCUUCUGGACGCCGAGUCCUGCGCCUCCGGCUGGAAGGAGGACCUCAAGCGCGCCUCCGCCUCUAUCAACUUGAACCUGACGCUGCCUCCGGCCGCCCUGCCCAGCCUCCGGGCCUCCUUGCUCUCGGAUGGUUUGCCUUGGAGCCCCGCCACCCCGCAAGGGAGGUCGAGGAAGAAACGGAAGCCUUACACCAAGCAGCAGAUCGCCGAACUGGAGGGCGAAUUCCUCCUCAACGAGUUUAUUAAUCGCCAGAAAAGGAAAGAGCUCUCCAACAGACUGAACCUAAGCGACCAGCAAGUGAAGAUCUGGUUCCAGAACCGGCGCAUGAAGAAGAAGCGUGUGGCCAUGCGCGAACAGGCGAUGGCAAUCUACUAGGGGUAGUAGUAAGGUCCAGGCGCAGGCGCGACCCCGACGUAGGGGAGGGCAGGGCAGGGCAAGGAAGGGAAGGGGGUGAAGUGGCCGCCGCUGCUUCUUCCCUUAGUUUUCCCUCUUAAUCGUGAACUUGCCUCUGGAGGAGUAUCUGAAAGUCUUCAGCCUUACCUUGAACUUCUUAGAAAUGUCUCUUGUCUGGGAGACUGUUGUGUGUGGCACAAGGCCUUGAGCAUGUCUUUGCUGUUGUUGUUGUUGUUGUUGUUGUUGUUGUUGUGUGCCUUCAAAUCCUUUCCG